UCAGUCGCUCGUGGCAUCCGUGCGGGGCGUUUCAGUGGAGCGCGUAGUCGCGGCGCCGUGCGAGAACUUAUUAAUAGUCGUCUGAAACGAGACACGAGGACGGGCUCGUCGCGGGUGCUGGUUUUGAUGUUCGGCGCUUGAGAGCUGGCGACAAUGUUCGUGUCGGCCGUGUGGAUGUGCGCAGUGGUGAGCGUGUGGUGUGCGGGCUUGGCGCCGGGCGGCGUGUUGACGAGCGCGGUGCCCCGCGCGUCCACCGUCGCCUCCGCCGUCGGUCCUGCCGUCGCCGCCACCGAAGUAACGAGCUGCGCCGCCGUCAAGCCCAUCUUCGAGACGAAGAACCUGUCUGUGUUCAUUCCGGACACGCCGGUCGACGUAUAUCCGCGCCUGCUUCUUCUGGUAAGUUGCUGUUUGUACCGAUUGCCCUCCUGGAAACGAGAUAUUUGAGAACGUGACGUCUGAUACGGUGAGCUAAAACUUAAAAAUAUAUUUGUGAAGGUUGUUACAAGAUUUGGGUGAAUUUUGUGCUGUAGGAAAUAGGUAAAACGUAGGAAAAAAUUAAAAUGUUAUUUUCACUGACUUGUAAGUAUUUAAAUAUUUUUAAAAUUGAAAAAAA